AUGUUGAAAUAUCUACAAGUGGGUAACAAUCCAUUGAAUGCCGUUCUGCCCAAUUCUAUUGGGAAUCUUUCAUCUACUAUUGAAGACUUUCAUAUAGCAGAUGAACACAUCAAUGGCCUGAUCCCCACAAGUAUAGGCAACAUGACCGGUCUUACAUCCCUAAGCCUUCAAGGAAACAACUUGACAGGGAGUAUUCCUUCUGAGAUUGGUAAGCUUAAACAACUCCAAGGGCUGGCUCUAUAUAACAAUAAAUUGCAGGGACGUAUUCCAGAGGUGGUAUGCCAUUUAUCGAAUUUGGUUCAAUUAUAUCUGGAUGGUAAUGAGCUCUCUGGAUUAAUUCCAGAAUGCUUUGGAAAUCUUAGCAUGCUUCAAAAGCUUUAUUUGGGUCCUAAUAAAUUCUCAUCAAAAUUUCCAUUGUGCCUUUGGAAGAUGAGUGGUCUUCUCUAUCUAGACGUGUCACAGAAUUCAAUAGAGGGAGAACUUCCAUCAGAUAUUGGAGGACUGAAAGCCAUUGUAGAACUAUAUCUUUACAAUAACCACUUUUCAGAAAAGUGGCUGUACAAAGAAGAUCGCCACUUGAACCUUCAUCAAAGGGUCACUGUAAUGCUUGAUGCAGCUAUGGCAGUUGAAUAUCUACAUCAUGGUCAUGUCACUCCAAUAGUUCAUUGCGACCUAAAGCCGGCCAACGUUCUUUUGGAUGAAGAUAUGGUGGCUCAUGUUGAAUAUGGCUCGAAGGGAAUAGUGUCUGCUAGUGGUGAUGUUUAUAGCUAUGGCAUCAUGUUGAUGGAGGUUUUGACCAAAAGAAGGCCAACAGAUGAAAAGCUAUGCAAUGAAAAUCUUGACCUGAGGAAAUGGAUAAUACAAUCAUUUUCAGGGAGUAUGAUGGACAUUGUGGAUGCCAAUCUUUUUUGUGAGGAAGUACAAAUCACUUGUAAAAGUGAAAUAUGCAUAGCCUCCAUGAUAGAAUUGGCUUUAGAUUGCACAAAGGAAACGCCAGAAUCAAGAAUAACUAUGAAGGAUGUAGUGAAGAGGCUUAACAAAAUAAACAACACAUUUCUGGAAACAUAG